AUGUUUGCUCUGAAUAGUGUCAGGGAGAGCAACAUCGUGGAUGACUCUGCGCUAGCGUUGAUCCACACUCCCGUCAGUGUCAGGGAGAGCAACAUCGUGGAUGACUCUGCGCUAGCGUUGAUCCACACUCCCGUCAGUGUCAGGGAGAGCAACAUCGUGGAUGACUCUGCGCUAGCGUUGAUCCACACUCCCGUCAGUGUCAGGGAGAGCAACAUCGUGGAUGACUCUGCGCUAGCGUUGAUCCACACUCCCGUCAGUGUCAGGGAGAGCAACAUCGUGGAUGACUCUGCGCUAGCGUUGAUCCACACUCCCGUCAGUGUCAGGGAGAGCAACUUGUUGCCUGUAACAAGAAAGUCGUUGAUAUAUUUUAAUAAAUGUAAUUUUCUUCUUCCCGUCUCCUUCCAGACGGAAGGCAAGGUGGGCGUGACGUUCAACAUCGGCACGGUGGACAUCAGUGUGAAGGAGUUAAACACUGCGAUCAAUGACGGGAAAUAUCACCUGGUUCGAUUCACAAGGAAUGGGGGAAACGCCACCCUGCAGGUGGAUAACUGGCCAAUCAACGAACACUUCCCCGCAGGACCAAGCGACGUUGAGCGCUAUCAAAUGGGUAAUAAGAAAAUCCCAUUCAAUUAUAAGAGGCCGGUAGAAGAUUGGCUGCAGGAGAAAGGCCGGCAGCUCACCAUCUUCAACACCCAGGCGGCCAUCUCUAUAGGCGGUAAUGACCGUAAACGUCCCUACCAGGGACAGCUGUCUGGCCUCUACUACAACGGACUAAAGGUCCUCAACAUGGCCGCCGAAGGUCACGCCAACAUCAAGGUGAACGGGAGCGUCCGAUUGGUGGGUGACAUGCCCACCAGUAGGGGCGCUGCCCGCACCACCACCUCUGUGCCACCUGAGAUGUCCACCACCUUCAUAGAGACCACUACGACUCUGUCUACGACCACCACGAGGAAACAGCGCUCCCCACCCACCAUUCAGACGACAGAUGACAUAGUAUCGUCGGCGGAGUGUUCCAGCGAUGACGAGGAUCUGGAGGAGUGUGAUUCCGGACACGCAGGAGGGGAGUUAGUCAUCCCCGUACUUGUAGAGGAUCCCAUAGACAUCCCUUCUGUUUCUCCCCGUUCCCCCUUCAUCCCCCUCCCCCCAAACCUCCGCCCCGUCCCCCCAACCCUCCGCCCCCUCCCCCCAAUCCUCCGCCCUGUCCUCUUAACCCUCCGCCCCGUCCUCACCAUUAUCGAGACCACAAAAGAGUCCCUGCCCAUGGCCACUGAGGCGGGGGUACCUUGCUUGUCGGACCGAGGCAGCGAUGAUUGUGAUGAUGGUCUUGAUGGUGAUUAUGAUGGCAUGGUGAUUUCGGGGUUUGGCUCUGGCGAAGCUUUCGACUCUAGCCUGCCCCCCACUGACGAUGAAGAUUUUUACACCACCUUCUCCCUGGUAACAGAUAAGAUCUUGACCACGUCGGCCUACGAAGGUGGCUACAAAGCUCUCGCGCCCAAGUGGGAGGCCAAGGACUUGAGGCCUAGUAAAGCCUCAGAGGCGGGUAGGACUACGCCCACCCCGCCUCUACCCAACCUCGGGGGUACUGUAGCAGAGGCGUCCCUCCCAUCAGACGGCACGCUAGCCAAACUGCCCGCCGGGAAAAUGGACAACCGCGAAGUGAUCAAAGCCCUGCAGCCGGACAUAGUCCUGCUGCCUCUGCCCACUGUGUCCUUCGACCUGGAUGGUACCAAGCCUCGUGGGCCCCUCAUCACCUCACCCAUGCUGCGUACGGUGCCUGCCGCGUUACCCACCGCACCAGUUGUGAGGCGGGUGCCCCCGGGGGCCUCUGAGGUGAUACGAGAAUCCAGCAGCACAACGGGCAUGGUGGUUGGCAUCGUCUCGGCCGCGGCACUUUGCAUCCUCAUCCUCCUCUACGCCAUGUACAAGUACAGGAACAGGGACGAAGGCUCCUACCAGGUAGACGAGACACGGAAUUACAUCAGCAACUCGGCGCAGACCAACGGCUCCGUGGUGAAAGACAAAGCAUCUAGCGGGGGCAGUGGCGCCAAGGGAUCCAGCGGCAAGAGACCCAAAGACAAGGACAAAGAAUACUAUGUAUAAGGACAAAGAAUAUGCAUAAGGACAAAGAAUACUAUAAAUCAACCAUUCCCAACAACAACAAAAAAUAACUGUUUGGAGAAAAUCUGAAUAAACACGACAGUACCAUAUUGGGAGCUGCAAUUUAAAACGGAAAACAAAUCCUCUCAUAAGAACAUUAAGUGAAUGAGUCCAAGUUGAACAUUUUUCCAAUGUACUGUGACCUUAAAGCACACUUACUAUGGUAAGCAUACAGAGAAACAGGCUGAUAGGCACCCUACUAUAAGAUACCUUGUGACGAGAUGACUGAGCUCUGCCUGGAGACGUUGCCAGAGGUUUGGCAGUGUAAGAUAUUUCGGUGUUACAUCGCUCCCAAGUGACUGUGAGAGAUUUGUGAUCCUUGGCGUAAACAACCUUGUCCAUUGUAACCCUGUAAAAUGACAAAACAAACAAGCAUCAUUUCGGCCAUUCUGAGCAUGUGAGAUGGAUGUGACGUGGUGCUGGCAUCUGUAUAAGUGAGGGACCUGAAGAUGAGUCGUUGAAGUUUGAAAGACAAAACAUAAUUAACAUACAAAUGGUACAUUUCUAUACCUAGUGUUGGAUGAGGUAUGUGUGUGGUGGCUAAGGUGUCUUAUUUUAAACCCACCUAUGUGUUCUGAGGGAUGAAACAUUGUCAGGGCUGACCAGGCUAUGCUCAACGAAUAGUAGUACGGCAAUGCAUUUCAAUUUAUUAUUUCGCUUUUUUCCCCCCUCUCUCAAAAAGGGAUUCGACUGCUAUGCAUGACGUCCUCGAUCUAGAUGGUAUUCGACCAUGUUGGAGAGGAUGCACAAGUAAAAAUGCAAUGUUUUUUUAAUUAGAUAUUUUACAGAACACUACAUCCCUGAUAGCACUUUUAUGUCAGUUUAUUGAGUUUUCCAUAGACCACUGGUUCAGUUAUUUGUUACAUUCUGUUUGUGGAAGUAAAGUCAUUAUGUCUGUGGGGUUUUUGGUCAAAUAUUGAAAACAAUGUGACUAAAGAAGAGUUAUCCAAUGUGAAAAGUUUUGAAUUUGUAUCUGUUGUCACAGUCAACUGUGUCAAAACAAAUAUGUUUACAUAUUUUAUUACAUCAUAGCCGUCGUAUUUUGCAGGUCAAUAUUGUACAUAACAUUUUAGUUUCCAUUUGAGUUUUUUUUUUAGCAUUGUACAGACACAAUUUGAACUGAUUUCCUUUCUCGGUGUACUAAAUGACAAAGAUCUAACGUUUUUGUCCCUGAUGUUUGGUAAGACUGGAGAUAGCAUACUUGUAUUUUUUUUGUAAUUGAAAGGAGUAAAAUAUUAUUAGGUUAGAAAAUCUAGUCUUUCUGGAUGGUGUUUCUAAACCGCAUGAAUAUUUUACAACUGGAAGACAUCAGAUAUCAGUCAAAUAGAAGAAUGCCCACCCAGAUAUUGUACUAGGGCCUCCUGAUUCUGGAUUACUUUCAUUGUUUAUUUUUUUUUAGAUCGAACAGAGAUUUUUGAGACCCAGUGCUGGCACCAUACUAAGAAUAAGAUAAAGGAUGAUGAUUUUUUUACUGUGAUGUCUAUGUUCCUUACUUUCCAUUUUAUUCUUUUGCAUGUAUGUUCCUCCCCUUAUUGUGCAGGUUUCAUUUGAAGUCUUAACAUAUUUAUGACAAUUUGUGCUGGCAGGACAUUUGUUUUUAUUACUUAAUUUAUUUAGUUGUUUCUUGUUCAUUUUGUAUUCUAAGCAAAUCUCAAGUACAUUCAGUUUGAUUUUGUGUUGUUAUUACUGCUUUUCAACCCAUUACAUAACUGUGUUUUGCUCCCUUGACUCCAGGCUAAUCCCAGCAAUAAAAUGUUCUUCCCAAAGUUUUCAA